GUGGGCGGGACGCCGCGCCCUUCCGGCCCGCCCGCCUCCCCGCCCCGCCCCUUCCUGUCCCCGGGAGCGGCGAUGCUGCUGGUGUUGUCGGAGGAGCAGAAGGCGCACCUGGGCUGCCUGCCCCGGGUGGGCGGCGCAGCCGUCGCAGAGCUGGGGCACCUGGCGGUGGAGCUGCUGCGGCGCGGCGCGGCACCCAAAGCCUGCGAAGCGGCUGCCAGAAAACUCAACGCUGGCGUUGACACCGUGCAGCACGGGGUGGAGGGACUGAUGUACCUUCUUACAGAAAGCUCCAAGCUCAUGAUUUCUGAAAUGGACUUCCAAGAUUCCAUUCAUGUUUUGGGAUUCUCAGAUGAAUUGAACAAAUUAUUGCUUCAGCUUUACCUUGAUAACAGGAAGGAGAUCAGAAGCAUUCUUGGUGAGCUGGCACCAAAGCUUCCCAGCUAUCAUAGCCUUGAGUGGAGACUAGAUGUGCAGCUUGCAAGCAGAAGUCUGAGGCAGCAAAUUAAGCCUGCGGUGACUAUAAAGCUACAUCUUAACGAGAACGAAGAUCUAACUACCCAAGUGUUACAAACUGACCCUUCUACCCUCCUCCACCUAAUUCAGCAAUUGGAACAAGCCCUGGGGGAAAUGAAGACAAACCAUUGUAGGAGAAUAGCACGAAACAUGAAAUAGUAUUCACUCUUCAAGACUUGUAGUAGGCACUCAAUGUUCACUAAUACAUGUCAAGAAAAAUAAACAUCUGGAUCAGA